UUACAAACUUCUCUCCGUGUAACGCUAGGAGAGGAAACAUCUGCUCCGUUUUUGGUUUUAUGAUCUUGGCUGGCUUUUACUGAAUUUGUUGGUUCAUUGUAUCAGUACCAACACCUUACAAAAGAACCAGCGAUCUAGCUAGGGUUUCUUCGUGUUAUUCUGUAGUACUUGAGCGGCCGUUCUGCGGGGAUUGUCUGUCAAUGGCGUGCGUUUACAUUCCUGUGCAGAAUUCGGAGGAAGAAGUUCGGGUGGUCCUGGAUCAGCUCCCAAAGGAUGCUUCCGACAUACUCGACAUUCUCAAGGCCGAGCAAGCCCCUCUCGAUCUCUGGCUCAUCAUUGCGAGGGAGUACUUCAAACAAGGAAAAACCGAACAAUUUCGCCAAAUUUUGGAGGAGGGUUCUGGUCCUGACAUUGAUGAGUAUUAUGCUGAUGUUAGAUAUGAGAGAAUUGCCAUUUUAAAUGCAUUGGGGGCUUACUAUUCCUACCUUGGAAAAAUUGAGACGAAACAGAGAGAAAAAGAGGAACAUUUUAUUUUGGCAACACAAUACUACAAUAAAGCAUCAAGAAUCGACAUGCACGAGCCGUCUACUUGGGUUGGGAAAGGUCAGCUUUUACUAGCAAAAGGUGACAUAGAACAGGCAUCUUCUGCGUUUAAGAUUGUAUUGGAAGGAGAUCGUGACAAUGUACCUGCUCUCUUGGGUCAGGCAUGUGUUGAGUUCAAUCGUGGACAUUAUUCUGAAUCUUUGGAGUUGUAUAAGAGGGCCUUGCUAGUACAUCCUAAUGGUCCUGGAGUUAUGAGACUUGGCAUAGGUUUUUGUCGUUAUAAGUUGGGUCAAUUCGAAAAAGCACGGCAGGCAUUUCUGCGGGUUUUGCAGUUAAACCCAGAAAAUGUUGAGGCUCUUGUCGCACUUGCUAUUUUGGAUCUGCAAACAAACGAAGCUGGUGGAAUAAGGUCAGGAAUGGAAAAGAUGCAAAGAGCUUUUGAGAUAUACCCCUACUGUGCUAUGUCUCUGAAUUAUCUUGCCAAUCACUUUUUCUUCACGGGUCAACAUUUCUUAGUUGAGCAACUCACUGAAACUGCUCUAUCUGCUACCAAUCAUGGACCAACAAAGUCACAUUCCUACUACAACUUAGCACGAUCUUAUCAUAGCAAGGGAGACUUUGAAAAGGCUAAGGCAUAUUAUAAUGCAUCCGUCAAGGAAAUCAAUAAGCCUCAUGAGUUUGUAUUUCCUUAUUAUGGUUUGGGACAAACGCUACUGCACUUGGGAGAUUUAAAAAACGCAUUGUUAAACUUUGAGAAGGUUUUGGAGGUUUACCCUGAGAAUUGUGAGACCCUGAAAGUUCUCGCACACAUAUAUGAUCAGCUUGGGCAGAUCGAGAAGGCUCGUGAAUUUUUGAGGAGGGCAACAAAAGUUGAUCCGCGUGAUGCCCAGGCGUUUCUUGAUUUGGGGGAAUUGCUAAUUUCUUCUGACACAGUUGCUGCUCUAGAUGCCUUCAAAACGGCACGUGGUCUUCUGAAAAAGGUAGGUCAAGAAGUGCCAACAGAAGUGCUUAACAAUGUUGGAGUUUUCCACUUUGAAAGGGAAGAAUACGAGACUGCUUUACAAGCUUUCAAGGAUGCUCUAGGUGAUGGCAUUUGGCUUACUCUACUUGAUGGUAAAGCAAAGAUUGAAGUUGAUGCAACGGCGUCUGCCAUUCAAUACAAGGACGUGCAAUUGUUUCAUCAACUUGAGGAAGCUGGUUUUUCCUUGGAACUGCCUUGGAAUAAAGUCACACCAUUAUUUAAUCUGGCAAGAUUACUUGAACAACUACAUAACACAGAAACUGCUAGCACACUGUACCGCUUGAUAUUGUUUAAGUAUCCAGACUAUGCAGAUGCUUAUUUGAGGCUUGCUGCCAUUGCAAAAGCUAGAAAUAAUCUUCAGAUGAGCAUUGAACUGGUAAAUGAUGCUCUGAAGGUGAAUGACAAGUGCCCAAAUGCAUUAUGUAUGCUUGGAGACUUGGAGCUUAAAAGUGAUGAUUGGGUUAGAGCAAAAGAAACCUUCCGUGCUGCCAGUGAUGCAACCGAUGGGAAGGAUUCUUAUGCAUCUCUCUGUCUUGGGAACUGGAACUACUUUGCUGCACUUCGCAACGAGAAAAGAAAUCCUAAGUUGGAAGCUACCCAUUUGGAAAAAUCAAAGGAGCUAUAUACCCGAGUUCUGGUUCAGCAUACAGCUAAUCUAUAUGCUGCCAAUGGCGCUGGAGUGGUCUUGGCAGAAAAAGGUCAUUUUGAUGUUUCAAAAGAUAUCUUUACUCAGGUCCAAGAAGCUGCUAGUGGAAACAUUUUUGUGCAGUUGCCAGAUGUGUGGGUAAAUUUGGCCCAUGUUUAUUUUGCCCAAGGAAAUUUCGCAUUGGCUGUUAAGAUGUAUCAAAACUGCUUGCGGAAGUUUCACUAUAAUACGGACUCUCAGAUUCUCCUCUAUAUAGCUCGUACUCAUUAUGAAGCUGAGCAGUGGCAAGAUUGCAAGAAAACUCUACUAAGAGCCAUCCACUUGGCACCUUCAAAUUACACCCUGAGGUUUGAUGCAGGUGUUGCAAUGCAGAAGUUUGCCGCAUCAACCCUACAAAAGCCAAAGAGGACAGUAGAUGAGGUGCGUUCAACAGUUGACGAAUUGGAGAAUGCUGUUCGUGUAUUUAGCUUGUUGGCUGCCGCUUCCAAUCUUCAUAUUCAUGGGUUUGAUGAGAAGAAAAUUAACACCCAUGUUGAGUAUUGCAAACAUUUACUUGAUGCUGCAAAAGUUCACCGAGAAGCGGCUGAGCGAGAGGAGCAGCAGAUCAGGCAUAAACAAGAAGUAAGCCGUCAGUUGGCAUUGGCUGAUGAAGCCCGCCGUAUGGCUGAAGAACAAAUGAAAUUUCAGUUGGAAAAAAGGAAACAAGAGGAUGAGCUAAAACGAAUGAAGCAGCAGGAAGAGCACUUUGAGCGAGUGAAGGAGCAAUGGAAGAGCAGCAUGCCUGCCUCUAGGCGGAGGGAGAAGUCUGAUGUUGAUGAUGAAGGUGGGCAUAGUGAGAAGAGGAGAAGGAAAGGUGGCAAGAGGAGAAAGAAGGACAAGAAUUCAAAGUCACAUUAUGAUGCAGAUGAGGCUGAAGCCGAAAUGAUGGAUGAUCAUGAAGAAUUGGAAGAUGACAUGACGUACAGGGAGCCGAACAAUCGUGGGAAUGAUGAUGGGGAUGGAGAAAAUACCGAAGGCCUUCUUGCAGCAGCUGGGCUUGAAGAUUCUGAUGCUGAGGAUGAGACUGUGCCUUUGUCAACUGCUGAGCGACGAAGGAGGGCAUUGUCAGAAUCUGAUGAUGACGAGCCAUUACAGAGGCCUAUGAUAGAUGAUUUUUCUGAGCUGAGGGUGAGUGAUGAAGAAGUCAGAGAAGAGUAGUAAGAUGAAUGGAUAUGCUACUCUUGAUGAUGAGAGGGUUAAGAUGGAGACAUGUUGAACUCUUCCAUCUAGUUAUAUGAUAGAAGCGCAAUUUUCAUUCCUGGAAGCUGAAUGGAGAUGCUGCUCUUGACGAUGAUGGUUGAUAUGAAACGUUGAAUUCCUCCGUAUGUUGUUCAUAUUACAAGUGUAUUUUUCAUAAUUUGUUGGGGUUCACUUGCUUACAUCUCGAAUUUUCUGUAGCUUAAUUAAUGAUGUACAGUAUGAUUUUGUGUAAUUGCCUUAAGGUAUUUUUAAUCAAAGUUGCAAAUUCAAAUAUGAGC